GGCUGACAUAUCAACUAAGAUUGACAAUUCAAUAUUUAAAAAGUUUUCGUUUGAAAUUCGUUAUUCCAGGGAACAUGCAAUGAUAAUUGUUCAGAAUUUUGUAAUAUAUUGUGUAGUAAGUUAAAAUAAUUCCAAUGUAUAAAAACUUCCAAUAUAAUAUUUUGUUAUCGAUGAUUUCGUUCCAUGAACAGUAAAUUUUUGGCACGCGGUUGUUCUCCAAAUUGUCGUUUACAUCGCAUUUUGCCAGAAAUCUAGCAAAAUUCAGUGCAAAAAGCAUUACAAAAUGGAUGAUUUUCUCAAAAUUGAGAAAAUUGGUGAAGGUACCUAUGGUGUAGUGUACAAAGGUAAAAAUAAAAUCACUGGCCAGUUUGUGGCUAUGAAAAAAAUUCGUUUGGAAUCUGAAGACGAAGGGAUACCCUCAACGGCUAUAAGAGAAAUAUCUCUACUGAAGGAAUUGAACCAUCCCAACAUUGUAAAACUGGAAGAUGUUCUAAUGGAAGAGUCCCGCCUUUAUCUUAUUUUCGAGUUUCUCUCUAUGGAUCUGAAGAAAUACAUGGACACCCUAGGAUCGGGAAAAUUUAUGGACCCUGCCGUUGUGAAGAGCUACUUGUAUCAGAUCAACAAUGCUAUCCUGUACUGUCACCAGCGGCGAAUUCUGCACAGAGAUCUCAAACCUCAGAACUUGCUCAUUGAUAAGACUGGUAUUAUUAAGGUAGCUGAUUUUGGACUGGGCCGUGCGUUUGGCGUACCAGUCCGUGUAUACACACAUGAAGUGGUCACUCUCUGGUACAGAGCACCAGAAGUACUGCUAGGUAGUCAAAGAUAUUCAUGCCCAAUAGAUAUUUGGUCUGUGGGCUGCAUAUUCUCUGAAAUGUCGUCAAAGAAACCUCUGUUCCAAGGAGACUCGGAGAUUGACCAACUCUUCCGCAUCUUCAGAAUGCUACGCACCCCUACAGAAGAGAUUUGGCCUGGAGUGUCGUCUCUGCCUGACUACAAACCCACCUUCCCCAAUUGGAAUACAUUUAACCUACACAACCAUGUACAAAACCUGGACGAGGUUGGUAUGGAUCUCCUACAGAAGAUGUUGGUGUAUGAUCCAGUGAAGCGUAUAUCUGCAAAAGAUGCCCGUCGCCACCGUUACUUCCGCAGUGUUAAGCUACCAAAUGGGCUGUCUAACGAUGCUGCCUACAUCUGCUAUGAGCACAAAGAAUCCCCAGAGCCCGAUAGCACUGUGCAGGGCGUCUAGUAAAUCCCCAUGGGUCUAGUAAAUCGCGUCCCGACUCACACAAGUCGGUUCUUAUAUAUCUAUCUAUGUUUUUAUCCUUCGUUUCUACUAAUAUACAUAUUGUAUUACAUAUAAUAUGUUCAGAUAAUAUAAACGCAAAUAAAAGCGUGUAUUAGAAGUUACUCAUACAUAAUGUCUUUGCUAUAUGUAUUUUAGUGGAAAAUUGUGUUAAUACCUUUAGUCUACCAUUACCCAUGUUAUUAUUAUGAUAGUAAUCAAUUUAAUAGUUUAUUUAACAUUUAAUAAUAAUAGGUCUGUUUUAACACCACAUCGUAACGUCUUUUCAUAAAAGUAGUAAAUUCUAUUUGAGGCCUACAAGACAAGCAGAUUCUGAUGACUAAUGAGGAAAUGACAGAUUUUUUUAAAUGUUUCCGAGUGUGCUGCUUCUCUCCGCACUCGGAACUGCACCUGACGUUUACUAGGCUUUAUAACACUACUAACUAAAAUAUUUUAAAGGUUUUCGGUCGGAAGAAUAUAAUUGACGAAAUUUGACUGGCUCAGGGACUAACGAUUUAGAUGUUUUGGAAUUCGAAAACGUUUUGAUGGAAAUUAAUAGAAUAUACUACCGCUCGCUUGGAAAUUCAUAGGUUAGCAUUUCUGACGAGUAAAUUGUUAGGUUUGUUAAUUUAAAGGAUGUAUUUGAAGUUUUAACAAUACUACAAACACUAUGCAUCCUUCAAAUUGGAUAUGAC